AUGCCGCCGGCCGAUUGGUACACUUCCCCCGAGAUCGCCGCCCUCGAAAAAAAGACCACCUGGGCGGCCAAUUGGCUGCAUGUAGCGAGAUCGGGCCAGCUGGAUCGCGGGGGGUCGUGCGUGACGGGAUGCGCUGCGGGGGCGCCAUUCGCGGUGGCGCGGCUGGAGGGUGGAGGCCUGAGGGCGUACCACAACGUGUGCCGGCACAGGGCCGCGCGACUGGUCACGGAGAGCUCGGGGACCGUGCAGCAGGGCGAGGCCGGUGCAAUCUUCAGGUGCCCCUACCAUGCAUGGGAGUACCGAGUGGAGGACGGGCGGCUGGUGAAGGCGCCGCGGAUGGGUGGCGUAGAGGGCUUCAGGGCGCGCAAUUACGGUCUCAAGGGGAUGGAGGUGCUGGAGUGGGGGCCACUGGUCUUCAUACGGCUGGCUGGGAACCCUGCUGCCAGUGCAGACAGCAAGUCACUUCACCCCCCUUGCUGGUCCGCCCUUAAGGCACAGCUGGACUCAAUGGGCAGAUUCUCCUCUGGCCUGACUCAUGUGCGCCAGGUAACCUAUGACAUGGCCUGCAACUGGAAGGUCUUCGUUGAUAACUACCUGGAUGGCGGCUACCACGUCCCGGUGCUGCAUGCAGGGCUCAGCAGACAGCUGGACCUGGACUCUUAUCGGACCAUCAUACGCGGCCGAACGUCGGUUCAGACGUGCUCUUCCGGGGGGAAUGUCCCAGGCACGGAAGGCUCGGCGGCUGGCGGUGACUUGGAGGGCCGCCUUGGGUCGGGCGCUGCGUACGCCUUCCUGCACCCUAACCUCAUGAUCAACCGCUACGGCCCGUGGUUGGACACCAACACCGUGGUCCCGCUGAGCCACGCCACCUGCCGCGUCACCUUCGAUUACUACGUCGAGGAGCAGGGGCUGGAGGCGGUGGCGGCGGCCGCGGGAUGGGGGGCGGACGUGGAGGGCUGGGUGGAGGAGGGCCUGGCGACAAGCGCCCGGGUGCAGGAGGAGGACGUGGGAAUAUGCGAGGACGUGCAACGUGGCCUGGAGAGCGGCAGCUACGUGCCAGGUCGGUAUGCGCCGCGUGUGGAGCACGCCGACCACCAUUUCCACUGCAUGCUGGCAGAGGAGCUGGAGAGUGGGCUCACGACGCUGUGA